AUGGUUCUUGGAAUGAGCUCUAAGCGAGCCUACAACUGGUUUAUUUCAUUGGUUGCAGCGUCUUGCAUGGUGUUGUACGGAUAUGAUGCAUCUGUCUUCAACUCUGUCCAGGGCUCCGCAAAUUGGGUGGCCUAUUUCAACACCCCUAAUAAUAGUGUGCUUGGCUCAAUCAAUACCGCGUACACAGUCGGCGCUAUUUGUGGUGGUUUCUUCUUCGGUGGCCCCAUCGCCGAUUACUUAGGCCGCAAAGUUGGAAUGGCCAUUGGAUGUUGUUUUGUCAUCGUUGCUACAUUCAUGCAGACAUUUGCUCCACGUGGUAACAUCGGAUGCUUCAUUGGUGGACGUGCUCUCAUUGGUAUCGGUCAGGGUAUUGCUUUGACCGCGGGUCCCAUUUAUAUCGGUGAACUGGCACCACCAGAGAUUCGAGGAAAGAUCAUGACCUUCUGGCAAAUGUUCUACUCUGUAGGAUCUUUCAUUUGCUUUUGGAUUAACUACGCUACUACCAGAGCGCCUCAACUUGGAGAUUGGGAUUGGAAGUUGGUCAUCAUCUUCCAACUCUUGGUCCCUGUUAUUAUCCUGGGUCUUCUUCCAAUCAUUCCUGGAAGUCCUCGUUGGUAUAUCCAACGCAAUGGCGACGUCGAGAAAGCCCGUGCAGCCCUUCGCCGGGUGCGAGAUACUGAAGAGGAGGUCGAGGAAGAGGUUUUGCAAAUUCGCGAAGCUCUGGAAUACGAGAAAGAAGCCAUUUCAAGUGGUUACAGUGCUCUUUGGAAAGAUAAAUCUCUUCGCAAGCGCAUGUAUCUUGCAUUGGUCAUGAACGCAGGUCAACAGCUUACUGGACAGGGCUCACUGAACACCUAUUCGACCAAGAUUUACCAGAAAGUGUUCACCCAAGAAAGUCAAAUUUCUCUUAUCAACGCCCUCAACGCCACCUUUGGUAUCAUUUUCACAUUGAAUGCCAUUUGGUUUAUUGAUAGAUUUGGCCGUAAGGCUCUUCUCAUCGGUGGUGCCAUUGGAAUGGGUAUCUGCAUGAUUAUUGUCGCUUCGGUUGAAACACAGACACCAGAUAUUGCUGGUGGUGCGAAGUCUGAGCCCGUCGGCAUUUCGAUUGUAUUCCUGCUCUUCCUAUUUAUUUUGUUCUACAAACCAUCGUGGGGUGCAACUGUUUGGAUUUGGACAUCCGAAGUCUUCUCCAUGAACGUUCGCGCUCAAGCUGUCGGCAUGGCUUCGCAGACACAAAAUGUCGCCAAUACCAUCUUCCAACAAUUCUUCCCCAUCUUCCUUGACAAUGACGGGUUCUAUGCCUUCUAUCUGUUUGCUGGUAUCAACUUCUUUUUGGGCAUCUUUGUCUUCUUCUGGGUCCCAGAGACGAAGAAGGUUCCUCUUGAGGAGAUUGAUGCUUUGUUUGGCGGAGAGAACCACGUCAGACAGGGUGAAGAGGUUCUGGCAAACCAGAAGAUUGCCAAUAUUUCUCACCAGACUCACGAGAAGCCUGGAACUGUGAAUGUUGAGAAUGUGGAUUACGCUUAA